AAGCUGAAUAAGAUGAGUUCCCUCUUAGAAAGACUCCAUGCAAAGUUUAACCAAAACAGACCUUGGACAGAAACCAUGAAGCUAGUCCGUCAAGUCAUGGAAAAGCGAGUUGUGAUGAACUCUGGGGGGCACCAACACCUGGUGAGCUGUUUGGAGACUUUGCAGAAGGCCUUAAAAGUGUCUUCUCUGCCUGCCAUGACAGAUCGCUUAGAGUCUAUAGCCAGACAGAAUGGCCUUGGAUCUCACCUUAGUGCAAAUGGCACUGAAUGUUACAUCACUUCAGACAUGUUCUAUGUGGAAGUCCAGUUAGAUCCUACAGGGCUGCUGUGUGAUGUCAAGGUGGCUCACCAUGGAGAAAACCCUGUGAGUUGUCCAGAAUUGGUGCAACAUCUGAGAGAGAAAAAUUUCGAUGAAUUUUCUAAGCAUCUAAGGGGGCUUGUGAACCUGUAUAAGUUGCCAGGAGACAACAAACUUAAAACUAAAAUGUACUUAGCUCUACAGUCCUUGGAGCUGGAUCUCUCAAAAAUGGCAGGGAUGUAUUGGCAAGCCACCAAUGCAAAUCCCCUCGACAAGAUUCUUCACGGCAGUGUUGGCUAUCUCACGCCCAGGAGUGGAGGUCUCCUGAUGAACCUCAAGUAUUACGUCUCGCCGUAUGAUUUAUUUGAAGAAGGCACUGGAGCCCCCAUUGUUUUGCAUGAGAACAAUGUUCCUCGAGCUUUGGGUAUGAAUGUGUCAGUAACAGUUGAGGGAACCAUGGCAAUGUACAAACUUCCAAUUGCACCAUUGAUUAUGGGGUCUCAUCCUGUUGACAGCAAAGGGACACCAUCCUUCUCCUCAAUCACCAGUGCGAACAGUGUGGACCUUCCUGCUUGUUUCUUCUUGAAAUUCCCACGACCCAUUCCAGUAUCUCGAGCUUUCAUUCAGAAGCUGCAGGGUUGCACAG